ACUAAGUUCCGAGACAACUAAUAAAUUUACUUAUAAGAUUAUUUAAUAUUGCGUUGUAAAUGGAUUCAAACGAACAACAAGCUCACAGGACGAGCGCAGAGUUGUCGAUUCACCAUGAGUUGUAACUUGAGCUUCACUCACGAAUUCCUGAUAACAUUAGCACAGGUUACAGGUGACAAAUUCUCAGGAAGAGUGUAGUGGAGACACAUACAAAUCUACAGAAAUAAUUGCAAAACGCAACAAAUUAACUAGGCGGUCCUUUAGAAAGCAUUAUAAUGGCGACUGAUGUUUCAAUUAUUAGACGUAAUAAAAAAUGUAUAUAUUUGUGAACGACGUUUCGGUUACGUAGACCCCACUAUUCGAUGCAUCGGAGCGACAGAUAUGUUUACUUAUGUUUAGAGGAGAUAAUUUUUGCAAAGAUCCGCAAAGUUAUUACAACAUGACGAAGCACAUUAGUGAUACCAACAUCAACGCUGCAAUUUCGGCCUCCACUCCACCCAAGUCACCGCUAUUGGAUAUUAUUGAACCGUUAUCGAUGGCUGACUCCACAGACUCACUCGAUGUUGAGACCCAUAUAGAUAGCAGUAAAUACGAUGACAAUGAACAAAGUGCGAAAAUGCAGGCCGCUUCUUUAACAACCUCAAUCGACAACGACUUCGCUCUUAUACCCACAACAGCAACAACACAAGCGCUGUGUAGCAAUCCCAGCUUGCCAUUACCGUUACCUACACUUGGCAUGUUACCCAUUAACGGUGCUACAUUGGCAGUGAGUAAACCAACUUUACCCGCUUUCGAAUAUAUUUCUCCCACAAAUCACGCGCUCAGCAUUGCCGACUUUCCGCUAAUGGAACUAAAUAGAGUGGGCGUAUUUCCAGCGUUUCUGCAUCGACGUUCACGCGGUGAAAAGCGUCCCAUACCGGACGAGCAAAAAGACGAGAAGUACUAUGAAAGACGUAAGCGUAACAAUGAGGCAGCAAAAAAAUCACGUGAUGCCCGCAAAAUACGCGAAGAUCGUAUUGCAUUCCGAGCCGCUCUACUCGAGCAAGAGAACUCGAUUUUACGCGCACAAGUCAUGGCACUACGCGAUGAAUUGCAAACUAUGCGACGGCUCAUUGGUUCGGGCUCAACGACUGCAACAGCCACUGUUUUGGGAACUGGUAACCGGGGCCUAAUAGCGUUAUAAAUAUUUAAGUAAAUUAUUAAGCACUUUGUAAAUAAAAUAUUUAAGAUUAACUUAAAAUGUUAUUGUUAAAAGAAAAUAAAGAUACGUUUUAAAA